UAUGUUUUGGAUUCAGAAAUGGUUGGUUACAAUAAUUGAUGAUGAUUAACGCUUGAUUCACAUCAAAUUCAUUUUCCCAUAAACCAAACAAACCAAUUUAUUAGGGUUCCAAAUUUCUCAGCAUCACCUUCCUUGCUUUGCCUGCAAUGUCUGACACCGAAAAUCACGCUCAUCACGGUGCUUCUUCCCCCGACAAGCCAAGUUCCCGGGGAUCUGGUCAUGAGAGCACGAGGAUGAGAAGGAGAGAUGGAGACAGGAAAGCUUUUCAUGAUAACCGUGACCGUCACAGAGAUGAUAAAUACGAGGGUUUUAGAGGAAGAGGUAGAUAUGACGGGUAUAAUCGUCAACGCGGCCGUGAUUAUGAUAGGCAUAAUGACUAUGAUCGUGAUAGAGAUACAAGGCACAGGUAUGGGACACAUUCAAAGAGAUCCAGGAGGGAAUCUAGAUCUAGAUCACGGUCCAGGUCUCCUUCUCAAUCAGAAGGAAAAAGGACCUCUGGUUUUGACAUGGCACCACCUGCUACGGGUGUAACACCAGCUGUUUCAGGGCAAAUGCCGGGGAUUGCUCAUACAAUUCAAGGAGCUACACAAAAUUUCUCACCAUAUGGGAUAUCACAGAUUGGAGCUCUUUCCUUAAUGCAAGUUCAACCUAUGACACAGCAGGCUACAAGGCACGCUCGGCGAGUGUACGUUGGCGGGCUUCCUCCGUUUGCUAACGAGCAGGCAAUUGCAUCUUUCUUUAGCCAUGUCAUGAUUGCUAUUGGGGGAAAUUCUGCUGGAUCAGGUGAUUCGGUUGUCAACGUCUACAUUAAUCAUGAGAAGAAAUUUGCGUUUGUGGAGAUGAGAACCGUUGAAGAAGCCAGCAAUGCAAUGGCUUUAGAUGGAAUAGUAUUUGAGGGUGUUUCUGUGAGAGUUCGUAGGCCAACUGACUAUAACCCUUCGUUAGCUGCAGUUCUAGGUCCUUGCCAGCCAAGUGCAAACCUCAAUUUAUCUGCUGUUGGACUUUCUGCAGGUUCAAUUGGUGGAGCUGAGGGGCUUGAUCGCAUCUUUGUGGGUGGGCUGCCAUACUACUUUACUGAAGCACAAAUGAGAGAACUGCUUCAAGCUUUUGGUCCUCUCCGAAAUUUUGAUAUAGUUAGAGAUAAAGAAACGGGAAACUCUAAAGGAUAUGGUUUCUGCAUCUAUCAGGAUCCAGCAGUAACAGACAUUGCUUGUGCCUCUCUUAAUGGCCUUAAAAUGGGAGAUAAAACAUUGACUGUAAGGCGUGCUACUGUCAGUGGACAUUCUAAACCAGAAGAGGAUAACAUCUUUGCACGGGCACAACAGCAUAUAGCUAUGCAGAAAAUAGCUUUGGAAGUGGUUGGACUAAAUAUUCCAGGAGUCGAAAGAGGCCCAACAAAUGAAGAAAGCCCCACUAAAGUUGUAUGUUUAACUCAGGCCGUCACUACUGAACAAUUAAAUGAUAAUGGAGAAUACGAAGAAAUAUUGGAAGACAUGCGGGAUGAAUGCUGCAAAUUUGGGACGUUGGUGAAUGUUGUUAUUCCUCGUCCAAAUCCAAACGGAGAACUGUCUGCAGGUAUUGGAAAGGUUUUCUUGGAAUACGCUGACUGUACUGCUUCUUUAGCUGCAAGAAAUGCUCUGAAUGGCAGGAAAUUUGGGGGUAAUAUUGUGACGGCUGUUUACUAUCCAGAAGAAAAUUAUCAUAGUAUGGAGUAUGAUUUAUAACCACUUCUAGUGAUGAAGAUCUGUUUGUAGUGUUUAUAGCAACUUUUCGUCACUCAAGUUUAUAUAUUUAGUUUUGUUUCAGGUUUAUUAGAUAUAUAUUGAUGCUAUUGUCAUUGAUGUGUAGAUGCAUUCACAGUAAAAUAAUUUGUAUUCAUACAAUUGUAGUAAUCAAGCUUUAAAUUUUUCAAAAUUGGCACAUCAAGCUUAAAAUUUUUCAAAAUUGGCACAAGUGAUUGGUGUGUAGAAUGUGUUGGUUUGAAAAAGAAAAUCAUCCCUUUGGGCAAGUUUGGUUUCACUGUUAGAGCAGUUAGAACUGAUUGUUUGAAUUGAUUAUGGAUGUGUAGAAUUGAUUUUGACACGUUUGGUUGCCUUUGAUUAUAAUUUGACUCUGUUUGUUAUAAUUGAUUUUAUUUGAAGUUAGAAAUUAUAACUUUUGAGUCUAAACAUCAAUUUUUUUUUUUUUAUAAAAGUUUACUAUUAAUAUUACUUUUGUGAGAGUUUGAUUAAAUAUAAAUCGCUUUACCUACAACUUAUUUUAAUUAGUGU